UCUGUUGUUUUAUUGAGCAACAAUCCAAAUAUAUCAUCUACAUUUGCAGCCUCAAAACAUUUGAUACAAAAUUACCCGACACAGUUACAUCAUCACCACAGAAUCACCCGCCUCAAAUGGGCUAUGCAACAGAAUAGAAACAGGAAGCAAUAUCGACAGCCUGAUUUAUUUUUAUGUGGCUGUCAUAUUUCAUUUGAACCAUUAGACUUCCGUUGUUGCAAUUGCCUGAAGUUAAUUCAGAAUCGUCGUGAAAAGCCUAAAGUAUAGCCUAACAUUAGCUGUUGUUUUGUCUCUCUUUUCAUUUUGAUAAAUCAUUUACGUGCUUAAGAUGACUUCCAUCUACAAAGACAAUGACCCACAUUCUUUGGAGCUUGUGGAAGAUCUUGGUCAAGAUAACAGUCAAGAGGAGUUGGACUUUUCUUACCUGUUUUUGUACAACCCAUCUGACGACUUUCGCGUGAUUGAAGCAGACAACUCAGGGGUUCCCCCUCACGGAGAUCACAACCCCUCAUCUAUGGUGCCCUACCCUUGUGACGGAAGCUCCACUAACGCCCCUACAACCUCCAGCCACUCCUCUUACCACCAUGGACCUGUCCCUGACAGCCUGUCUGGGCCUGGGUUUAACUCGCUGGAUCUCCCCUCCAGGCCAAGGGGUGCUCCCUCUCCUAGCCCAAGGAUUGAGAUCACCCCAUCAGGGGACCCUCACCAGACUCAUCCCCUGGACGCCAGCCCCAGAACCACGGCCCUGACUGUGCCUGGCUAUGAGAACAUGGCCUAUCGAGAGCCCCAGAGCCCUGCCAGCAGCAACUCCUCCACGGGCUGGCUGUCAGAGGCCUACUCGCCCUGGGUCUCGCCUUGUGUAUCUCCCAGUGGUGGUGGGGGCAUGGUUGGCUUGACCGCCUUGGACCUCCUCCCGGGCCUCCAGGGCAUCCAUACGUCCUCGGCCCACUCCUCCCCUGGGACCUCCCCGCGAACCAGCAUCACAGAGGAGACUUUCCUGGUACCGCAGAGUCAGCGGUCUUCCUCGCCACACUCCCACGAUUACCCCCGUUCUCGCUCCGCCUCUCCUCAGGGAAAACGCACCUACGACCAGUACAGCGGCCCCAAUCUGGGGACCACCAGCCAGCAGCAGCAGCGCUCCCGGAGUCCAAGCCCCAGCCCCUCACCUCACCACCCCCAAGGACGACCCUUGGCCCAAGCUGACCCACAGGGCAAUGCCCCUCAGCAGAUGCCCAGCGUUGAAGAGGUGUUGAGCAGCCUCAGCUCCAGCAUACCCAGGGCGGUCCCCUCCAAGAUGGUGCGGCCCAGCGUUGAGUGCUAUACGUAUGGAGAGAGCCAGGGGGAGCAUGGGCAGAGAGGCAGAGCUGGGGCUGAGACCUUCUACAUCGUCCCUACAUCUUUCUGGCCGGCUUCACUAGCCCAUGGAGCCUUCAGUGGCAUCCCUGUGCCAUCUCUGCCCCCUCUAGAGUGGCACUUGCCCAGUCACUCCGACCAGUAUGAGCUCUGUCUGGAGCAGCAGCCUAAACAGCACCACCGGGCCCACUACGAGACAGAGGGCAGCAGGGGAGCAGUCAAAGCGGCCAGCGGAGGACACACUGUGGUUCAGCUUCAUGGGUACAGAGGCACUGCUCCACUGGGUCUGCUGGUGUUCAUCGGAACGGCUGACGAGAGGGUCCUCAAACCCCAUGCCUUCUACCAGGUGCACCGCAUCACGGGGAAAACGGUCACCACACCAAGCCAAGAGAGAAAGGUCCAUGGCACCAAGGUCCUGGAGAUCCCUCUGGAGCCCAAGAACAACAUGAGAGCAGUGAUUGACUGUGCUGGGAUACUAAAACUGAGAAAUGCUGACAUCGAGCUCAGGACAGGCGAGACAGACAUGGGACGCAAAAACACCUGUGUCCGCCUUGUCUUUCGGGUCCAUAUUCCUCAACCAGGAGGACAGUAUGUCUCUCUUCAAGUGGCCUCCCUUCCCAUCGAGUGUUCCCAGAGGUCGGCCCACGAGCUUCCCACUGUAGAGCGCCAGGACGUGGAGCGCUGCUCGGUUCUAGGGGGACAACAGGUGAUACUGACAGGACAGAACUUCACCUCUGAUUCCAAGGUGGUGUUCACAGAAAAGACACCUGACGGGCUACAAAUCUGGGAAGCAGAAGCUACAGUAGACCGAGACAAGAGCCAGAAAAGCAUGCUGUUUGUGGAGAUCCCUCCGUAUCGAGAUCCCACCAUACAUCACGCGGCUAAAGUCAAUUUCUAUGUGAUCAACGGGAGGAGAAAACGCAGUCAGGCGCAGCACUUCACCUACACUCCUUUAACCGUUCCCGCCAUUAAAACGGAACCCGUAGAUGACUUCCAGUUUGGCCAGCUGGGCUGCGCUGUCUCCCAAAUCCUAGGAAUGUCAUCCAAGUCCUACCACCACACCCCCAGUAGCCAUCUCAACCCUCAUAGCCACAUAGUGGCUGGCAUGACAUCCUUGGCAUCCUGCCAGCUUGCAAGCCAUCACGAUCCCAAUGCCUAUCAACCACAGGACCCAUCUGUCUAUUACCCCAGUAAAAGCCGAAGCCUGGGAAGCACCCCUGUUCUGUAUCAAGAUAUGAACCACCACCCAGUGAUGAUGCACAGUGGUUCCCCAUCUCAGAUGUCCUAUACCCAGCACUACUCCAGCCAAGCGUCCCAAUCCUUCCACCCCUCUCGCUCGGCCACCAAUCAGCGUGUUGUCAACGUAGCUGUCCCAUUGGCCCAACACCAGCACGCCACCAUGGUGGGUGAUGGGUACCGGGCUGCAGCUUCAUUAUGGAAGGUUGGUGACUCGCCAGAGGCCUGUUCCUCAGAAGGCCAGUACCAGGGCUUCAUGCACACGGUGGUGCCUGUCUUGAGCAGGUCUCCACCACAACACAGCCACAUCCUGACCCAGAGAGGUCCAGCCGCUACAGGGAGCCAGAGUGGGCCAGUCCCUGGGAAGGUGACAGCGAAGCAAGAAAACCUGAACCAAGCCUAUCUGGAUGAUGGUGAGUUAGUACAAAACAUAUUGGAUACUGCAGAAACGUACUGUACUCCAGGCUCCUCUAACUUGUUGUUUUGAAUUCGUGACAAUGUGUAUGGUUAAAUGGUUAUUGAUGCUGGAACUUGAGAUGGACUAUACUGAUAUACAGUGCACAGCAACAUCUUCAAAGAGACUCUGAUAUGUUUGAAAGAGGAAACUAAUUUAGUCAUAUCCCUAAGCUUGACUACAGUUUGUACAAAGGAGAUACAGAUGAUGAACAAACAUAAACAGAACAUAUACACACACAAACAAACGUUCUAAAUAGUACCAGAUAGGGGUUCUUUGUCUUGUAACCAUAGCGGAAGCCGGUUUUUAAGAUUCAAUAAAAGAACCACGCUCAUAAGGUUCCAAAUGGAACCUGUAUGGUGCUGUAAAGGACCUUUUUCCUAAGGUUCUAUAAUGAACCAUUAAAAAAGGUUAUAUAUAGUACCAAAAAAGUGUUUUGCAAUGGUUACAACCCUUUUUUAUGGUUAUUUAUAGAACCUUUAUGGAGAAUGGAUCUAUAAAUAACCACAAGACACCGUCACUGGCCAUAGUCAUAUGUAAUAUGUAAUGGCAUAACACAACACUUGAGGUAAACUGGAAUGACACUCUCAUUCGAGGUUGCACAAAAAGAGCUGUGAGCAAACCAUGCAACAAAAUAUCCAAGUAAGCCACCUCCCAUACAUUAUCACUAAAAUAUGGGAGGUUGAACCAUUGAAGUGCAACAAGGGUUCCACAUAGAACCAUCACCCUUCCCAAAGAACCCUUGAGGAACCUUCAUGUUUUGUGUGUGUGUAGAGCACAUGUGAAAACGGUCAGUAUGUGAAUGUGUGCCAGCAGUAGCCUCCCAUUAUAAACUGCCCCAGCCUUUGGGCCUUGACAGAGGAGGGAUAGGGUCUUCUACUCUGAAUCCCUCAGCAUCACAUCAAUUCCUAGACCCAACACUAGAUUUGGAGUUUUUGGCAAUGAGGCCCUUUAUCUACUUCCUAAGAGUCAGAUGAACUUAUGUAUACCAUGUGUAUGUCUUUGCGUACAGUUUGAGGUUGCGUUAGCAUAGAUACCCAUAGACUUCCAGGCAUUUCGUUAACGGUAGUUAUCAAAACUAUCUCUCUCUUCCUUCAUACUGGACACAGAGACAUAAUGGUAUCCAUGAGUUCAUCUGACUUUGGGGAAGUAGAUAAAGGGCCUUAUUGCCAAAAUCCCGAAGUAUCCUUUUGAAAGAUUGGAUAGCUAUGAGUAACCACAUUUCCAUCCACAGUUCGUAUGUGAGUAAAGUCACAACGUAUAAAAAAAUCAUGACAGCUGUGAUGGAAACAGGAAGUUUCAUUAUCAUUUUUGAAAUGGAGAGAGAUCAUUUGUUCGUUCGACAUGGUGUGAUCUUUUUGUUUCGGUAAAAUGUAUGAUGCGAGAAAUGGUGGUGGAAACGCCUUCAUGCCAAAUAUUGAUAUACUAACCGAAGUAAACUUGGAGUCAUGCAAUGAUUUGGUGUGUGGUCCCCUGACUAUGACUCGGGAAACUAUGCAGUUUAUUAGGCUACAUACAGUGCCUUGCAAAAGUAUUCAUCCCCUUUGGCAUUUUUCCUAUUUUGUUGCAUUACAACCUGUAAUUUAAAUAUAUUUUAUUUGGAUUUCAUGUAAUGGACAUACACAAAAUAGUCCAAAUUGGUGAAGUGAAAUGAAAAAAAUAACUUGUUUAAAAAAAAUUAAAAAAAAUAAAAAGUGGUGCCUGCAUAUGUAUUCAUCCCCUUUGCUAUGAAGCCCCUAAAUAAGAUCUGGUGCAAACAAUUACCUUCAGUAGUCAAUCUAAGUGUCACAUGAACUGUCACAUGAUCUCAGUAUAUAUACACCUGUUCUGAGAGGCCCCAGAGUCUGCAACAUCACUAAGCAAGGGGCACCACCAAGCAAGCGACACCAUGAAGACCAAGGAGCUCUCCAAACAGGUCAGGGACAAAGUUGUGGAGAAGUACAGAUCAGGGUUGGGUUAUAAAAAAAGAUCAGAAACUUUGAACAUCCCACGAAGCACCAUUAAAUCCAUUAUUAAAAAAUGGAAAGAAUAUGUCACCACAACAAACCUGCCAAUAGAGGGCCGCCCACCAAAAGUCACAGACCAGGCAAGGAGGGCAUUAAUCAGAGGCAACAAAGAUACCAAAGAUAACCCUGAAGGAGAGAAAAGCUCCACAGCGGAGAUUGGAGUAUCUGUCCAUAGGACCACUUUAAGCCGUACACUCCACAGAGCUGAGCUUUCCAGAAGUGUCCAGAAAAAAGCUAUUGCUUAAGGAAUAAAAUAAGCAAACAUGCUUGGUGUUUGCCAAAAGGCAUGUGGGAGACUCCCCAAACAUAUGGAAGAAGGUACUCUGGUUAGAUGAGACUAAAAUUUAGCUUUUUGGCCAUCAAGGAAAACGCUAUGUCUGGUGCAAACCCAACACCUUUCAUCACCCCGAGAACACCAUCCCCACAGUGAAGCAUGAUGGUGGCAGCAUCAUGCUGUGGGGAUAUUUUUCAUCGGCGCUAAUAGGAAACUGGUCAGAACUGAAGGAAUGAUGGAUGGCACUAAGAUACAGGGAAAUUCUUGAGGGAAACCUCAAGAGUUGAGACUGGGACAGAGGUUCACCUUCCAGCAGGACAAUGACCCUAAGCAUACUGCUAAAGCAACACUCGAGUAGUUUAAGGGGAAACAUUUAAAUGUCUUGGAAUGGCCUAGUCAAAGCCCAAACCUUAAUCCAAUUGAGAAUAUGUGGUAUGACUUAAAGAAUGCUGUACACCAGCGGAACCCAUCCAACUUGAAGGAGCUUUUGCCCAGCUUUGAAGAAUGGGCAAAAAUCCCAGUGGCUAGAUGUGCCAAGCUUAUAGAGACAUACCCCAAGAGACUUGCAGCUGUAAUUGCUGCAAAAGGUGGCUCUACAAUGUAUUGACUUUGGGAGUGUGAAUAGUUAUGCACGCUCAAGUUUUGUUUUUUUGUCUUAUUUCUUGUUUGUUUCACAAUAAAAAAUAUAUUGCAUCUUCAAAGUGGUAAGCAUGUUGUGUAAAUCAAAUGAUAGAAACCCCCCAAACAUCAAAAUAGGAAAAAUGCCAAGGGAGGUGAAUACUUUCGCAAGCCACUGUAUUAAUUUAAUUAUGAUGAACUUCACAGGGUGGUAAAAGUGCACGGUGAUCUUGAUGCUCCUUUCCAAUAAAUAUCAAGAGUUUGAUUCUGAUGACAUAUUCGAUGCUUGACUGCCAUUUGACAAAUAAAAAUAUUCCAUAAUUAUCCAUAAUAGUCUCAUGUAGACUAGCCAACCCACACUGCAUCUGUGAGCUGUUGGCUAGAGAGCACGUGCCAAAACUAGAGUAGAGACAUUUACUAUUUAACACAACAGUUUGUGACAAAAUGUGAUGGAAACACUUUGAACUUCAGAUUUCUAUUUGGUACUUGAAAACUUAAGCGAAAAAGUACAUUUUAUGUGCACUGUCAUCACGCACUGAUUUUUAUACACAAGUCCGCUUGGUGGAAACAAACCACUGGUGGGAAAAUGCGCAUAUUUUCGUUAUGCAGAUUUUUGAUAUUCACAUGAAGAACUGUUGCCAAUUGGAUGGAAACCUAGCUAGUAAUAUGGUGACAAUUCCACUUAGUGUAUCAGAGGGCAAGAGGGAGUUACCAGGGUGUUACUUACACUUAUUCAGUUCUCUUAAAUCUACAAGUACCUAGACUGGGGUGUCUGAAGGUUUUAGACUUUUCCUUUCAAUUAAGACCUAAACAACCAGGUGAGGGGAGUUCCUUACUAAUGUUACAUUCCCACAAGACAAACUCAGUGUCGCUCACAACAAAGGGAACUAACAAAGAAAAAUACAUUUGACUACGAAAACAUAACAGAAAGGGGUUCUGAAAAGGCACCCAUGUGGGUGCCAACUGAAUGUUGGCAAAGCCACUAGUAAGGGGUUCUAAAAGACACCCAUGCCCACUAGGUUUGCCUCCCGAAAAGACAAACUAAAAGAAAAACCCACAACAACUUAGGACAGGGAGUAAAAAGAAUAUGGAGCGAAACAAACAGGGAUAAUAACAAAAAUCAGCCUUCUUUCAAACUUAAACGGUUCGAAACUGCACCUCAGCUGCCGUGAAGUAUAGCUUUCCCAACAUCUCUCAAGCUCCACUGGAGCACUGGGCCAGCCACUCUUAAAUAUCACCUGGCUAGCACAGGUGAAACACCUUCUGACUAACGAGAUGGACAAGCCAGCACAGGUGAAACACCUUCUGACUAAAUCAAAUCAAAUCAAAUUUUAUUUAUCACAUACACGUGGUUAGCAGAUGUUAAUGCGAGUGUAGCGAAAUGUUUGUGCUUCUAGUUCCGACAAUGCAGUAAUAACCAACGAGUAAUCUAACCUAACAAUUCCACAACAACUACCUUAUACACACAAGUGUAAAGGGAUGAAGAAUAUGUACAUACAAAUAUAUGAAUGAGUGAUGGUACAGAACGGCAUAGGCAAGAUGCAGUAGAUGGUAUAGAGUACAGUAUAUCCAUAUGAGAGGAGUAAUGUAGGGUAUGUAAACAUAUGAAAGUGGCAUUGUUUAAAGUGGCUAGUGAUACAUGUAUAACAUAAAGAUGGCAAGAUGCAGUACAUGGUAUAGAGUACAGUAUAUACAUAUGAGAUGAGUAAUGUAGGGUAUGUAAACAUUAUAUUAAAUGGCAUUGUUUAAAGUGGCUAGUGAUACAUUUUUACAUCCAUUUUUCCAUUAUUAAAGUGGCUGGAGUUGAGUCAGUAUGUUGGCAGCAGCCACUCAAUGUUAGUGAUGGCUGUUAAACAGUCUGAUGGCCUUGAGAUUGAAGCUGUUUUUCAGUCUCUCGGUCCCUGCUUUGAUGCACCUGUACUGACCUCGCCUUCUGGAUGAUAGCGGGGUGAACAGGCAGUGGCUCGGGUGGUUGUUGUCCUUGAUGAUCUUUAUGGGCUUCCUGUGACAUCGGGUGGUGUAGGUGUCCUGGAGGGCAGGUAGUUUGCCCCCGGUGAUGCGUUGUGCAGACCUCACUACACUCUGGAGAGCCUUACGGUUGUGGGCGGAGCAGUUGCCGUACAAGGCGGUGAUACAGCCCGACAGGAUGCUCUCGAUUGUGCAUCUGUAAAAGUUUGUGAGUGCUUUUGGUGACAAGCCAAAUUUCUUCAGCCUCCUGAGGUUGAAGAGGCGCUGCUGCGCCUUCUUCAUCACCCUGUCUGUGUGGGUGGACCAAUUCAGUUCGUCCGUGAUGUGUACACCGAGGAACUUAAAACUUACUACCCUCUCCACUACUGUCCCGUCGAUGUGGAUAGGGGGGUGCUCCCUCUGCUGUUUCCUGAAGUCCACGAUCAUCUCCAUUGUUUUGUUGAUGUUGAGUGUGAGGUUAUUUUCCCGACACCACACUCCGAGGGCCCUCACCUGCUCCCUGUAGGCCAUCUCGUUGUUGUUGGUAAUCAAGCCUACCACUGUAGUGUCGUCUGCAAACUUGAUGAUUGAGUUGGAGGCCUGCAUGGCCACGCAGUCGUGAGUGAACAGGGAGUACAGGAGAGGGCUCAGAACGCACCCUUGUGGGGCCCCAGUGUUGAGGAUCAGCGGGGUGGAGAUGUUGUUACCUACCCUCACCACCUGGGGGCGGCCCGUCAGGAAGUUCAGUACCCAGUUGCACAGUGCGGGGUCGAGGCUUGAUGACGAGUUUGGAGGGUACUAUGGUGUUAAAUGCUGAGCUGUAGUCGAUGAACAGCAUUCUCACAUAGGUGUUCCUCUUGCCCAGAUGGGUUAGGGCAGUGUGCAGUGUGAUUGCGAUUGCGUCGUCUGUGGACCUAUUGGGGCGGUAAGCAAAUUGGAGUGGGUCUAGGGUGUCAGGUAGGCUGGAGGUGAUAUGGUCCUUGACUAGUCUCUCAAAGCACUUCAUGAUGACGGAAGUGAGUGCUACAAUGCGGUAGUCGUGUAGCUCAGUUACCGUAGCUUUCUUGGGAACAGGAACAAUGGUGGCACUCUUGAAGCAUGUGGGAACAGCAGACUGGGAUAAGUAUUAAUUGAAUAUGUCCGUAAACACACCAGCCAGCUGGUCUGCGCAUGCUCUGAGGACGCGGCUGGGGAUGCCGUUUGGGCAUGCAGCCUUGCGAGGGUUAACACGUUUAAAUGUUUUACUUACGUCGGCUGCAGUGAAGGAGAGUCCACAGGUUUUGGUAGCGGGCCAUGUCAGUGGCACUGUAUUGUCCUCAAAGCGAGCAAAGAAGUUGUUUAGUCUGUCUGGGAGCAAGACAUCCUGUUCCGCAACAGGGCUGGUUUUCUUUUUGUAAUCCGUGAUUGACUGUAGACCCUGCCACAUACCUCUUGUGUCUGAGCCGUUGAAUUGCGACUCUAUUUUGUCUCUGUACUGGGACUUAGCUUGUUUGAUUGCCUUGCGGAGAGAAUAGCUACACUGUUUGUAUCCGGUUAUGUUUCCGGUCACCUUGCCCUGGUUAAAAGCAGUGGUUUGCGCUUUCAGUUUUGUGCGAAUGCUGCCAUCAAUCCACGGAUUAUGGUUUAGGAAUGUUUUAAUAGUUGCUGUGGGUACGACAUCGCUGAUGCACUUGCUAAUAAACUCACUCACCGAAUCAGCGUAUUCAUCAAUGUUGUUGUUUGACGCAAUGCGGAACAUAUCCCAAUCCACGUGAUCGAAGCAAUCUUGAAGCGUGGAAUCAGAUUGGUCGGACCAGCGUUGAACAGACCUGAGCGCGGGAGCUUCCUGUUUUAGUCUCUGUCUAUAGGCAGGGAGCAAGAAAAUGGAGUCGUGGUCAGCUUUUCCAAAAGGAGGGCGGGGGAGGGCCUUAUAUGUGUCGCGUAAGUUAGAAUAACAAUGAUCCAGGGUUUUACCAGCCCUGGUAGCACAAUCGAUAUGCUGAUAGAAUUUAGGGAGUCUUGUUUUCAGAUUGGCCUUGUUAAAAUCCCCAGCUACAAUGAAUGCAGCCUCAGGAUAUGUGGUUUACAGUUUACAUAAAGUCAAAUAAAGUUUGUUCAGGGCCGUCGAUGUGUCUGCUUGGGGGGAAAUAUAUGUGGCUGUGAUUAUAAUCGAAGAGAAUUCUCUUGGUAGAUAAUGCGGUCGACAUUUGAUUGUGAGGAAUUGUAAGUCAGGUGAACAGAAGGACUUGAGUUCCUGUAUGUUGCUAUUAUCACACUACGUCUCAUUAAUCAUAAGGCAU